AUGGCAUCAUCUUCUCACUAUCAUUAUCACAACAAUGAUGAGGAGGAUGCAUUUGAUUCUGUUUUUGAUGAUCUUUAUGAAGAGCUCGAAUUCAUUCCGGAACCAAAAGAGAGAAAAAAACGUAUUUAUAUUGAGAGAAACCGGGAAGAAGGACACAAAAAACUGUGGAAUGAUUAUUUCAAGGACACUCCAACAUAUCCGCACAAUUUAUUCCGCCGACGGUUCCGAAUGAACAAGCGCUUGUUCUUGAGAAUUGUGCAUCGUCUCUCUACAGAAGUUGAAUAUUUUCGUCUAACUGAAGAUGCCCUCGGACGGUCGAGUCUAACUCCGCUCCAAAAAUGUACCGCAGCAAUUCGUCAAUUGGCCUAUGGUAGUGCCUCUGAUGCAGUUGACGAGUAUGUACGACUUGCUGAAACAACAGCUCAACACUGUUUGCACAAUUUCACUGCCGGAAUAAUCGACUUAUUUGGCGAUCAAUACCUAAGACGUCCCACACCGGAGGAUCUACAAAGACUACUGCUAAAAGGUGAAGAACGUGGAUUUCCCGGGAUGAUUGGAAGCAUUGACUGUAUGCAUUGA